AUGACAUGGAGUGGUUCCCGUGUCAUUGUGGCCUCUGCAAGAGACGAUCUUUUACCUUUCUUCCCCGUUUAUUUAAGACAAUUACAUGAUGAUUAUUUAACACCUUUUAAUGCUCUUUUAGCGCAAUUUAUAUGGAGUGUGAUAGUUUUCAUAGCUGUUGGUGCAUUUUCCACAGACUCAUUUAAAGUGUUAUCAGAUUUUAACAUAUAUCUUGUGUGGAUUUUUUAUUUAUGUGCUAGUAUUGGUUUGUUGUGGCUUAAAUAUAAAAAACCAAAUCUUCACCGAUCAUUUACGGUUUGGUGGGGACUAACAGUCAUAUUCAUGCUUUCCGCAGUAUUUAUAAUUAUUGGAAAUACAAUGACACCAGAUAAAACACAAUAUUCCGAUGAUACUGGUAUAUUAGGUUGCCAAGAAGAUACAGCAAACCCACCAGAAUAUAUAAAGGUAAUCUUAAGUAUUGUAUUUAUAAUUGCCGAAAAAUCAGACAAAAAUAAUGAUCGAAUGAUUGAUUAUACACCUUGUCCAUCAGUGAAUGAUUAUGACAUUGAGGAAGAUGGUGCAAUUCGAAAUCAUAUGGAUGAAGGAUGUAGUUUCGAAAAGAAAAUCAAAAGAAGAUACAUGCUACAAAUGUAG